AUGUCCUACGGAGGUGGUUAUAAUAACCGUGGAAACGGCGGUGGCUUCCGUCAAAAUAACUACAAUAAUGGUGGCUACAGUAACGGCAGCAACAACUACAGUAACCAAUAUGGCAACAGUAACAGUAAUAGCUAUCACAAUAUGCCACGUGUCAAUGAGAUCGACGUCCCACAGUCGAAGCACACAAUUUUUAUUCGCGGGCUUCAUGGUGACGUCACCACUGAAGAGAUACAGGAGUAUAUCGGUCAGAAAGUCGGCAAAAUCUCGUUCGAUUUUGUGAAACAAGCGCAAGAUAAGUCGAAAUUAUUUGUGGCUGUGCGAUUUGAGAAGCGAGAUGAGGCCAAGAUUUUUAUGGAGACCUACUCGGACCGCGAGUUCCUUGGCUGUCGUUGCGAGUUGACCUGGUUCCGAGACAUACGUCGUUAUUGUGCCUAUCAGCGAGCCAAACAACUCCGUGGAUCCGGAAAAAGAAGACGUCAACGAUCGGAUUCAGAUGAAUCGUCAUCGAAACGAUCCACGUCACCACCGGUACAACGUCGUCGCUCCAGAAGUCGAAGCCCAAGACGUUCAGAAUCUAGAAGCCAAUCUAGAAGUGUCUCCAGAAGCCCGAGUCGCUCCCCAUCAAGAUCCAAGUCUCCAGAAGAGAAGAAGGCUCGGAAGAGCCGCUCGAAGACGUCAAGAGUGUCCAGAAGUCGUUCUAGAAGCGAGAGUAGCAGAAGCUCAGCGUCGGAGAAGUCGUCUGGAGAGUCUUCUGGAGAAGAUGGCGUGUUCUCGUCCAGAAAUACUUCUAGAAAUUCUUCAAGAGCCGCGGUUGAGAAAAAGGAGGAGAAUAAGAAGCGUCGCAGGGAAUCAGUGACUUCGGAGAGAUCUGAAAAGGCGGAGAAAGCAGAGAAAGCGAAGAAAAAAGUGAUUCCACAGAUACCACUUCCACCGAAAACGCCGGAAAAGACUCCUGAAAAGACUCCAGAAGCGAAGAAGGAGGCCUUUAUCGCCCCGCCCACUUUGGAUUUACAAGUCGAGAGCCCACCACAACACGUGGCAGAAGAUUAUCAACAGAAAGUGGCCUAUUCGGUGCCACUGGAGGUCGAGGAGCCGCCGAAAAUUAUUGUUAGAGAGCCGGUUACACCGGUUCAACCAGCGAAACAGGAGAGCUCAACUCCUCCUCCAGCUCCUCCACCAGCUCAAGUGGUGGCUCCACAACUAAUCGCAUCACCUGCCGCGGUGGUUACCCCAGCAACGCCUUCUCAGCCAGCCUUCGUGCCACGUCAAGUGGGCAAAAUCGAAAUUCUGAUGCCUGCGUCUCUAGCGGUGCCUGUCGAGCAGGAGACUCCGCCCGCCGUUUCCAACGCCUUACCGGCAGUCAAGCAGCCGACGAUGAACGAGUAUCCGACUACUAAUAAAAUGUUCGGCCAUUUGAAAGCCUUCCAAUCGGCACUUUUAUCCACGGUCCGUUAUGAGCCACCAGUGAAGAAGGAGGAUGGAGGAGAUGAUUUCUCAACGCUCCGCCUCUCCUCAAUGGCUCCAGAUGAGGAUGGAUCCGAUGAGCUGAAAGCUCGAGAACGCGAGGAGAAGCUCGCCAGACUCAAUGAGGAUAAAAUGAUGCGGUUCCAUAUUCAGAAGAAGAAAUUUGAGACGGCAUUCCGCAACGACUGCGAAACGUACGCCGUCGUCACUCGUGCUCUCCUCGCCAAGGACGAAUCGCUGCAGUUCGGUCUGAAGACGUCGCUUCUGGAGAAUAUGGAGGACCUGUACAAAAAGAUGCUCCAACGCGUCGACGAUCAUCUCGACGCUCUUCUGAUGUCCUAA